AUGUCGCCGCUGUCGCACUUCUGGGGGCACUUUUUCCCGCCCAAGCCGACCUUCACCGAGGCGAACCUGCCUGCAGACCUCUACGGCAAGGUUUAUGUCAUCACUGGCGCCAACAGUGGCAUCGGAAAGGACAUCGCCCGCCUUCUGUACGCCAAGAACGCAAAGGUCUACGUCCUAUGCCGCUCCGAGGACAAGGCGCUCAAGGCCAUCCAAGACAUCGAGAAGGCUUUUCCAGAUUCAAAGGGCGCCCUGAUCUUCAUCGCCUGCGAUCUCGCCGACCUAACAAAUGUCAAGACCGCCGCCGACGCCUUCCUCGCCCGCGAGCAGCGCCUAGACGUGCUCUUCAACAAUGCCGGCGUCAUGGUCGGCCCGAGCGAGCCCGGCGAGCCUAUUCCCGUGACGGCGCAGGGCCACGAGCUCUGCCUAGGCGUCAACUGCGUGGCCACCCACCUACUGACUAAGCUACUCACGCCGACUCUCGUCGCCACCGACGGUCUGACGCGCAUCAUCUGGUAUAGCUCGUUCGGUAUGGAGAUUGGCGCGCACCAGGACGUAGGCAUUGCCACCGACAACCUCGACUACCAUAAGCCAGAAAAGGAAACCCAGCGCUAUAGCCUAAGCAAGACGGGCGCCUGGGCUCUGGGCAUCGAGCACAACCGCCACUACAGAGCAAAAGGCGUCGCUAGCGUGCCUAUCGAUCCCGGUAACGUCGUCUCCGGCUUGCCGCGCGACCAAGCCCUGCAGCUGCGCAUCGUCGCUAAGCUAGUGUGCUAUCCGACUGUGUACGGCGCCUACACGGCGCUUUACGCCGGAUUUUCGCCCGAGGUCGUUUCCGAUAAGGCUGACUGGACCAAGGAGUGGGGUAAUUGCUCCGUUUGGACGUAUGUUUCCUCUCCGGUCCGAUUGACUAAGGCUACGCUGCUUGAGGAAGAUGGCGGAAACGGGGGCACAGCCAAUUUCUGGAACUGGUGCGAGGAACGGAUCAAGGAGUACCUUUGAUGGC